AUGGCAGUCUCUUCACUCUCAAUCCGCUAUUGUCUUUCACCAAUAAUCUCCCACAAGACAGAUAUUCCCUGUCCAACACCAUCCCUCAGAGCUUGUUGUUCACAUUCAUCCGGCAGCAAUCUUGACUCCUCUGAGAAUAGAAGUGGAAGUAGUUGGAAGAGAAGGCAAGCGCUUGUGGGAGUAGGAACUUUAUUGGCAACUUCAGUUCCAGCAACUCUGCUUCUUGCUGAAGAGGUACCAAAAAGCUACUCGGCUUUUGUGGAUCGAGAAGACGGUUAUUCUUAUUAUUACCCAUCAGAUUGGAGGGAAUUUGACUUCAGGGCACAUGAUUCAGCAUUCAAGGAUAGAUAUUUGCAGCUGCAGAGUGUUCGUGUCAGGUUCAUACCAACAGAGAAAACAGACAUCAGCGAAGUGGGUCCAAUGGAAGAGGUGGUUUAUGAUCUAGUGAAGCAUAAGUUUGCAGCACCAAACCAAGUAGCUACCAUCUACGAUAUGAAAGAGAGGGUGGAGGAUGGAAGGAGCUAUUACACGUUUGAGUAUGAACUAAGAACUCCCAUCUAUGCAACUACUUCCUUUGCAACAGUUGCAGUUGGAAACAACAGAUACUACACACUCAUAGUUGGAGCAAAUCAGAGAAGAUGGAGGAAAGUGAAGAAUCAGCUUCAAGUUGUUGCCGACUCUUUGAAGAUUCUUCAGAUUUGA